AGCUGACCAGGAUCUAUUGAUGAGAUCAUUUAGGAGGUCUGCUAAGGCUAGGCCUUUGCCUCAGUCUAAUAUGUUGUUUUUUCCUAUAUUGCACCAGAAGCAUUGGUUUGUCUUUGUAGUUGAUAUCAAGGAUCGCCACUUUGUUUUUCUUGAUUCAUACUAUGAUCGGAAUUCCCAGUAUCAUCAAGACAUUGAGCACAGGCUUAUAAACUCUUUUCAGUAUCAUUGGGACAAAUUUGUUCAAGUUGACAUGGAUUUCAGCUUUUAUGGUGUUGUGUAUCCUAAAGUUCCUGAGCAGCCUCUACAAAAUUCUCCUGAUUCUGGCAUUUAUGCUAUGAUGUUCCUUGAGUAUUGGACUUCACCUAGAGUUCUUUUAGGCAAUUUGUUCAAUCAUGAAGAUAUUCCAUCAAUCAGAAUUAAGAUUGCUAAUGAGCUUUUCUUUCAUCACAAGAACACUGGUAUGAAGCAUCGUGUCUAUGACUACAAACUUCAGGAGUAG